CUCGACGAUUGGUUGACAGACUCGCUGCCUUGCUUAAGUAGGCAAGCAGUGCACACGGAGAGUGACAUACAUGUCAUUGAUCGUCAGGGAGACCAUGUGACACAUUCCACUCAGUCAGGCAGGCCUUAGACAAACUCAUUCACCCUUCCUUCCUUCCGCCAUGCAAUACAUACAUACCGCUGCCGAUCCGAUCCACGCUAUGCUCUGCUCUGCCACCACCUGACCAUCCCAACCAUUCCGCUGCACCUUCGUGUGGCGCUGGCGGUAUGCAACAAACAUGGGGGUAAGUCAUGAAUCGCCAGCGGUAUGCAUUCAAUCGGCGCGCUGUCUAGGUCUCUCUCGAGACAUCCAGCGUGCCUUGCCUUAUUAAACAAAAAGUGAGUCAUCUGUCUGCACCAGCAACCACUGAGCGCCGCGCCCCGGGCUUCCAUCCACGGCUCCUUCCCUAGCUUGGGUCGUGCUCAUUGCUUGGGUGGGGGCAGCGGGCCCGUGUGAGGGCUCAGCGGAGGGGCGGCCGGAUGCGCCGACGCUGUGCGAUCCUGCGUAUACACAUACACACAGACACAUACAGGGCCCGCACCGCACAUAUGGCCAUGCGUUGUCCCAGUUUGUCGAGUCGUCUCGCUUUCUCUCGGUACGGUACGUACCAUUUUUCUCUUGAAGUGUGUGGAUGCGAAGACGGCACUCCGGAGCACCUUGCACUUGUGCAGGUGUGUCGCCGACUGUUGGGUGAGGAGCGGACAGUGACGCAACUCGAUGCUCUGGAGCACUGGCACCAGCACAACCAGCUGCACAGACAUAUACAGGCAGACAGACAGACAGACUACAGACUCACGGCAGCUUCGCCGUGUCCGUCGGUGUCUCUCGUAUGUGAUGUGCCUAUGCUGUGUGCCCCAGCUACCUACGUACCUGUUUGAUAGCGUCAUCAUCGAUUUGGAUAGCGUCUGAGAGGUGGAGGGUCUGGAGCUUCUUGAAGGCCGCACGACACACGUCCUCGCCCACCUGGGGGGAUGGGGUGACACAACAGACACAAAGGGCAGCAUGAGCGCAUGAACACAUCGCAUGCAUGGUUGGAGGGCAUUGGUCAUUUUGUGUGGUCCGCUCACUGUGAAGACAGCGGGUGUGAGGCUGCGUGCGUUGUAGAGGUAGAGGGACUCUAAUGAGGCGGCCGUCUCACCGUUGCGAUCGCUGACGACGGAACGGAGGGAGACACAAGCCAGACAGACAUGGCUCACUCGGGAGAAGAUCAUGCCUCGCUCACGUAAGUGUGUUAAUCAGUUGUUGGUCCGUGAGUCCGCCAGACGUGCUGCAGCGGAUCGACAGACUCGACAAAUGGCGGUACUGCAGUACACACACGCAGCACACACACAAACACACUUACAUGACGUGGCGUGACAUAUGUAUGCAGCACACACAAAGGAGGCCAGGGCGUUCCUUUGUCUCUGUCUGGCCCACCCCGACCCUUCCCACCUUGUGGAGUUGCUUGAGGAUCACAUCUUGGCUCUCGGCGGUGGUGGACGCCAUAUCAAGGUGCAGGCUCACCAAACGAGGGCAGCACUCCCCCACCAAACUAUCACACACACACACACACACACACGUGAACAACAGCCACACGAGACGAUCAAGCACCCACCCCACCCGUGUAGCUCGCUCACCCGAUGAGUGUGGGUGUCUGCAGCUGCCCAUCGAUGCACAUGGCCAGGUUGUCCAGCCGCUCACACCACGACAGCGCCCGAACCACCGAGUCGUCAACCACACCGUCCAGUCCGUCGAGCAGCAGCUGCUGCAGCGUGUUGCAGUGCGCCUGGAUCAGUCGCUGAAGCGCCACGUUCCAGGGCGGCGCAGAGGGGUGCCGUUGCUGCAGGGACGCCCUCAGUUGAUGCGGUCCCCCGUUGACCACCACCCGGCCGCCCUCAUAGUUGUCGGUGUCCGACUCGUCUUGAAACGGCACCUGGUAGUCCGGCUCCCUGUCUGCUGCGGCCCGCCAUGUCCGUCGGUCGGGCCCUGAGCUGUCGCCGCUCCCAACCGUCAGCUGAGGGGGAGGGGGGCGCCGGCUCUGGGGUGCGGGUGGCUGCUGGACGGGAGGCUCGAUGUCGCUGGCAGGUCCGUCGCUCUCCUGUGUCCGUUCCUCGGGGAUCGGCAGAGUUACGGGGGGAAGACUGAGGGCAUUGAGCUCAUCCCUCUCCGCCUUGACAUCGCUCGAUGACGAUGCCCCCGCAGUGACGGCCGCCUUCUGGGGCGACGCCUGGCACGACUGGGGCUGCUGACGGGGGCUGCUCCCCCUGCUGCUGGCGCUGCAGCAGCUCGACGACCAACCCACUCCACCACCAUUUCGCCCAGUGGGCGGCAGCACCGCCGGCAGAGAGCUCCGCACCGACACACCCACGCCCGCAAAGGCAGGGGACUGGGCGUGGCUGUGAAGAGGGACUGGGAUCUUGCCGGACGACGUCACUGUGUGACUUGUCGACCGCCCCACCCUCCUGGAACCCUCGCUCUUUGCGUGUGGGAGUGGGGGCGGUCCUGGUGCAGGUGCGUCCGACUGUGACCUGGGUGGGCUGUUGGUGCGGGGGCCGCGUGAGAUUGGCGGUGGGGAGGGGGACGGGAGAGGAGGGGGGCCGUGGGUGAGGAAGUAGGUCGAGCAGAACGAGAGGUCCAGUCGCUCCAGGGAGGGCACGGGCGGCGUGCUGAGGUACACGAAGCUCUGUGACGUAAUGCUCAAACACCAUGACACGUCAACUGGCGAAACAAACCACAUUAACGAUAAAGGCAGACACAUGUGUCCUUUAUAGCGUAUGAAUUGAACGGAAAGUCUGUUUGUUUGCAGCUCACCUGCUCGCAGCUUCGGUAGCCGUGCCAGUGCGGCUAUGCUGGCAUCACUUAGACCUGUCAGGGCAGGGCAGGGCCACACACAGACACACACAGAGAGUCACGCGGUACGUAUGCGUGAGUGAGAAGUCAAGGCAAUCAAUCGUUGGAUGAUAUGACGUACGUACCAGGGCAGCCUUUGAGGCAGACCGUCUGCAGAUGGCAGCACAUCUGCGACAAACGCAGCACGCCUGCAUGGCAUGAAACAACCACACCACAUCCACCACACAUGACAUGACAUGACAUGACAUGACAUGGGUGUAUGUGUAUGGGUGGGUAUACACACCUACCCUAUUUCUUUGUCUUACCGUCAUCGGUGACAUGGUUGCACCACCUCAGGUCGAUGGACUCGAGCAACGGGCUGGCCGCAGCAAUGCGGUAGACGGCCUCGUCGCUGAUCCUGCAGCCACCCACACCCACCUCCACCAGUGAGGGCGUUGACCCGCCCGUGAGCGCCAUGAAGGCCUCGUCCGUCACCCCCGCACAGAAGGACACGUCGAGUGUCUGGAGGUUGCCCCCGAUGCAGGUGAGGACCUCGCCCACGAGGCUGUCGGUGAUGUGUCUGCAGUAGCUGAGGUCGAUGGACCUCAGGCGGCUGCAUGCCUUGAGGAUGCACAGGAUGGACUCGUCGGUGAUCUGCGGACACCGCGAGAGGCUCAGCACCUCCAGCGACAGCAGGCCCAGCGACAUCUCAAACGGCCGGGGCAGGAAGGCACCGUCCGUCACGUUCUUGCACCCAUCCAGACGGAGCACACGGAGCUCACCGCAACCCUGCAAAAUGGACCGAACCACCUGCACUCACACAACCCACACGACAGACAAGCCCCCAUCCCAUGGUUGCAUCCCUUCCAUGAGCGUAUGGAUGUGUGUGGAUCGGAUCUUCGGCCCCCCGGCAUGCCGAGGUAGGUCUGACCUUGUUGACGACUUGUUUGCAGUUUUGCAGGACGAGGACCUUGAGUCUGGGGCAGUUGCGUCCGAUCAUGAGCAGCACCGCCCGGCGAAUGUUGGUGCACGUGUAGAGCAGCAGCUCCUCCCGGUCCAGGGUCAGCGACCGCGCCAGGACGUUGUCGUUGAGCGUGUUGUGCGACACCAUCUUAUACAGCAAAGCGUCUGUCAGCUUCUCGGGCAGGCGCGACAGCUGACGAUAGUGCAAGCGGAUGCAGCGGCUGAGCUUGGCGAGGCAGAUGUCAAGGAGGGAGGAAGGCGCGUACAGCGCCGUCAUGGGAGCAGGCUGUGUUGGUGAUGUCGUCGUUGGUCCUUCCACGCUGCUGCCCGACCUGCUGAGUGCUGGGGGAGGAGAAAGAUGGCGGCAUCAUCAGCUCAAGGGCAAGGCGAACGCACGCCAGACAGCCGCUGUCAAGAUGCCAUCUUGUCUUGAUCUAUGAGGUUUGCCUACAAGGUCCCUCCCCC